AAACUACUGGCCCUGUGGGCCAGUGCAAAUUUCUGGGCUAUGUCAACCCCUGUAUAUAUACGUUCCGUUUAUGGGUUUGGCUUCUUGGAGCCAACGGGUACUUCCUGUUUGGAACACCAGAGGGGAGGGGUGUCUCAGUCCAUUUCUCAUAUACAGGCAACGGCUCUGGUCUAUAAGACACCGGACCAAAUAAAUCUUUCAGCACAAGAGGUUGCAUAGGAUUAGGGUUUUUUUUUUAAGUCCCAGUGAUCACUGAAAAAAAGUCUGUUUUUGCUGGAAAGUGGAAAUUUGUUCUCUGAAUAGUUCCUGAUGUCUGCAUCAGUUCUGUGAGUCACAGGAGAGUCACAGACGUUUGUCUCUUUGUUUAUAUUUAACCUUUUUCUUUUUUUUUAACUUGGUUCUGUGUUUAUCUUUGUCUUCAUCAAUGUGGAGUGAUGCAAUUUAUUUUUUUGUUUAGCCAAUCCUCACUAGAAUUCGUGUUGGUUCCUGAGCAGUUCUGCUGGUUCUGAAAAGUUGCUGUUGUUCCUGCAUCCACACUGCAGAGCUCAUAUCAGUAAAGAUGACGGCUUUCAUCCAGGAGGAUUAUGUUGCUUAACAUCGCAUACCUGCUGUGGAUUUGGAGUUUAAAAAUUAAAAUAUUUCACUGCUUAAUCUGACGAUGGAGCAGCUGAGCGCUCAGCCGCUUUUGGAGGGACGGACUUGGGUUUUUACAUUUGACUUUACUCAGAUUUUAAUGGGCAUAUUGUUGAGACAUUUUGCAAUGAGAUUAGAGCUGGUAUGAAUACACAAAGACCACCUGUGGAACAAACAAACCCGUUUCCUAAUUGGUCCCAACGGUUGAGUCCUGGAGUUUUCCUCAGUCUGCUCGGUGGUUUGAUUCUGAAAAGACUUGCUGCUCUCCAGACUCCUUUUACUCUUCUACUGGUUUGGUCCAGAACCGGUCAGCCCAUCCCAUCUGGUUGUUCUGCAUAUCUUGCAUCAGAAUGGAUGAAAUUAGCCGCCUCCUUGGUUCUGUAGGGCGUUCUCGCAGCAACACCAUCUCCUCCGAUGCCACGCAGUCGACCGGGACCAGACUGGCGCUACGGCACCGGCUCAGCCAGCUGAUGACCUGCAUGGAUGACGUGGAGCUAAAAAAUGAGCUACAUGAGAAAAUGGUGGAGACUCUGGACAGUGCCUUUCUUGCUUGCUCCAAGGUGGCCAAAAAGCGCAUCUUCAGGCUUCACAUGGUGACGUGGAAUGUAGCCACGGCAGAUCCUCCUGAGGAUGUGACCUCAUUGCUCCACCUGAACUCAUCAAAACCUGCAGACCUCUACAUCAUCGGCCUGCAGGAAGUGUACUCUGGACCAGUUCGGUUUUUGUCGGAUAUGGUCUUCGAUGACCCUUGGAGUCACCUGUUCAUGUCCACUUUGGCACCGCGGUCAUGUGUGAAGGUGUCUUCCAUAAGAAUGCAGGGCCUUCUGCUGCUCUUCUUCUCCAAACUGGAGCACGUGCCGUUCAUCAGAGACAUACGGGCCACGUACACGCGCACCGGCAUCUUUGGUUACUGGGGUAACAAAGGGGGUGUGUCCAUUCGCUUCUCUUUCUACGGUCACACGCUCUGCUUCCUCAACUGCCAUUUGACUCCUCACAUUGAAUAUGCCACACACAGAGUGGACGAGUUUGAGAGCAUCGUGGACACUCAGACCUUUGAUUGUAAGAAGGCUUCAAAAAUAAUGGACCACAGGCUAGUCUUCUUGUUUGGAGACCUGAACUUCCGAAUCCAAGACCAUGGCAUGCACUUCAUUCGCUCCUGUCUCACCAACAAGACGUACAACCUGCUGUGGAGCAAAGACCAGUUAAAUAUGAUGAAGAAAAAGGAGGCGCUGCUACAGGAGUUUGAGGAGGGGCCGCUGGACUUCGCGCCCACCUACAAGUUUGACCUGAACUCUGAUUCCUACGACAGCAGGUUCUACCAAACAUGGUUUGGCUUUAACGGUAAGAAAAGAAAACCGGCCUGGACCGACAGGAUUCUGUGGAGGAUCCGACCUAAAGCCCCGCCCCCUGACGAGCAAGAAGAAGAUGGUUCCAGGCCAGAUGUCAAAAGGAUCCGACAGCUUGAGGAGGAUGAGGAGUUCCCUCUGAAGGUCAGACAGGAGCUGUACUCCAGCAGCAUGGAGUUCAGCAUCAGCGAUCAUAAGCCCGUCCUCGGCAUCUUCUCUGUGGAGCUGAAGAAGAAGUUCGAUACUCCUCUGGUGCGUUUGCAGACAGAAGGUGACUGGAGCGCAGAUAUCGACUCCAUGAUCCUGUACAGCCCCCUGCAACCAUUUCCCUCCAGCAGCUGGGACUGGAUUGGACUGUAUAAGGUUGGGUUCAGCAGCGUCUCAGACUACAUCACCUACACGUGGGUCAAAGACAACGAGGUGGCCUUCAACCAGGAAGUGAUGCAGGUUUACAUCAGUAAAGAGGAGAUCCCUGUGAGGGGCGGGGACUGCGUGUUGUGUUACUUCAGCAGCAUCCUGCAGUGCAUUAUCGGAGUGAGUGAGCCAUUCAAGGUCCGGGAGUCCUGGGUGGCCACUGAGGAAGGUCUGCUGCCCGACAGGAUCAACACACACGACCAAAUCACGAUGGACAAGGAUCUUUGAGCCUGGACUUGAUCACUAAUCAGUGACGGGGUUCAUGCAUCAUUUCAAGCUUUCAGUUACUCAGACAACUGAAGUUUCCAGAAAUGUUUCAUUGGACCUGAAGAAACCUCUUUUUCUCAGGAUGGCUCUUCUGACCUUCGUGUUUUCCGUCAUUCUGAACAUUCACGUUGUCUCGGGUCUCACUUGUGAAAAAUCAAGUUACUGUAAUGUCUAUAAUUUAUUAAUAUUGUGUGUUUUUUGUUGUUAGGAACAACUUAGAAGAAGGUUCGUGAAAGAACCUGUCACUCACAAACGUCGCAUUCUCCUUCACCCCUAAGAUCAGAUCAUCUUCAGUUAGCCUUUACGUAAAAACAGAUUUACAAACAUAAAAGGGAACAGCAGAAACUGGCAAAGCUCAUCCACCAUGUUUGAACUGCAUCCAUUCAAAGCCUCGUGGCCUUUUGCAGUGGAGGAUGCAGAUUUUCUGCUAUCCCUGCCGGUCCACUGCUGUACAUGACCCUUUCAAAGUAAAAGCAGUCUGAUGCAGGAAACAUUUUUAUUCUCUUCCUGUUUAUGGUGUUCUUUCAGCCAGAAAGCUGAACACAAACUUUACACGUUUUAGAAAGAAAUUUUUACUAUAUAUAUUUAGAUUAUGAAAUUUAGUUGAAGAGGUUUUUAAGAAGCUAAAAUGAUGAAUCCAAUGAUAAAUGAUGUCAGGUCAACAGUUUCAGGCUCUGAAAAGUGAAUGAAUGUAAAGCAGCUUCAUUCUGGGCCCCCUCUUAUUUUGAAGAGAACUUCCUGACUGGAGUUUGAAUUCAUAGCAUAAGGCCAUUUUUAAAGUGGUGAGGAUAAAUGUUUUUUGGCUUAAAAUGAUUUUAUUAGGGACGUUCUGUAGAUUUCCCGGAUUUGAAUGUUCUUCUGUUUCUCUGAGGAACGUGAAAACUUGUUCUCUUUAAGGAAUCUGACAACAUGUGACUUCAAAAUAUCACAGUCUUUAACCGUUAUAUUUAUUUAUAGAUGUUCCCUAAGAGAAUAGUGAUAUUUUGUUUACUCUACUUUGGACUUGGCAAGUGCUUUAGAGACGAUUGUUGCUUUAUCUGUGUAGACUGUGAUGGAAGCUUUAAUAUGCCGCUUAAAUUCCAAUACAUCAUUAAAAAGAUGAUUUAUUCUCA